AUGUACUUCUCAAUUAAUAAUAUAAAGAUUUGCUCAGCACCAUUAGCGGAAUUAUGGGGGGUCUACUACGGUUUGCUUAUGGCGUGGGAGCGAAGAGUACCGAGACUGAUAAUAGAGGUUGAGUCAGAGAUUGUGGUGAAGAUCCUUCACUCGGGGAUCAGUGAUUCUCACCCACUCUCCUUCCUAGCACGAUUGUGUUAUGGCUUCUUCUCUAGGGACUGGAUAGUCCGGGUUAUGCACACUUACAGAGAGGCGGAUCGAGUAGCGGACGGGCUUGCGAGUUUGACUUUCUCUUGGUUUUCACUUCUUCACUUCACCGCCUGCUGA